AUGUCCCACAACGUCCUAAUAACCGGGGCCUCCGGGUACCUCGGUGGAGAUCUCCUCGCUCGCAUGGGCGCUGCAAACCUGCCGCCUUACGGAAAGCUAUUCGCGUCCGUGCGGACGGCAGAGCAGGCGGAAGCCGUCCGGCAGUACGGCGCCCAACCGCUGUUUUUCAAUCUAAAGGACAGGUCGGAGAUCCGGACCGCCGUCGUCGACCACGAGAUCACGGUGGUUUAUUAUCUCAUCGAUGCGGUACAAUACGAUCCUCCUUUGUUCUUCGUCGAAGCGCUCGCCGAGGUCGGGAAAGCGACCGGACGGACUGUUCAUUUCUUACAUACUACUGGGGCCAAGCUCUUUUCUAGCCAUGCGGACGCCCCGACCGACCGUCUUCUUCUAGAUACUGACCCGCUGUUAUAUGAUGUCCAAAAGGCCCAGAGUCCGAAGCUUAGUGUGGCCCGACAGGGCGUCAGAACCAACUGCGCGGUCGUAGAAGAAGCUGAGAGACACGGGGUUCACGGGUACGUCUUUGUGCCCUGUAUCGUGUACGGGAGAAGCAAGGGAUUCGGCGACCCGGUUUCCACCCUGCGACAGAUAUAUAUGAUUGUGCGGUCCGCGAAGGCAUUGGGGCGUGUAUAUCGCGUUGAUUCCGAUCGGCCGGAGUGGCCCGUAUGCCACAUAAGCGACAAUAGUACGGCGUAUAUAGAACUCCUGCGCAAGAUCCUAGCCGAUGAGAAUCCUAGCCACGGCAAGAAUGGUUAUUACCUUGCUGCUCCGGGGAGCGUUGCGUGGGACGAUCUAUACGACGCAAUAGCCGCCGCCCUCGUCAGACGCAACAUCAUCGCCGAUGGCUCGGUUGCUCUUGCAGACGAUAAGAUUCUCGAGGAUAUGGGUGCUGCGCUUGGGAUCCCGAAGGAGAUGGUGCCGCUUCAGUUGGGCGGGAAGUGUACUCUCACGGCUCGACGUGCCCGUGAGGAACUGGGUUGGAAGCCGGUUUACCCGGCGGAGCAUGUCUUGGAGGCUGCUGAUUCUGAAGUCGAGUGGAUUCUGGAGCAUUUGAAGGACUGA